AUAUAACCAUAGGAGCGUUGCACCAGGCUACUACAUAGCUUUAACCAAUAAGAUCAUUAGUAUCAAUAAAAGCUAAGUGGCGUCGGCGACAAUGCUUGUAAUGGCUUCUCUUGGCCUCCCUCCAUCUUUUCUAUAUUUUCAGGGCUUGGGAUUUUCUCUAAGGAAAACUUUAACAACUGAUAGAUGCUUAAGGAUGAAUGCUCGUUCCAAGGAAAGUAGCAUUUUUGACCACACUAACAACCAUUCCGACCACCAAAACGGGAAAGCAUGGACAACUUCAAACAACGAUUUGAUCGAUUAUCGUACAGACAUCCAUGGCGAAGAACAAAGAUUACCACCAUUAAUCGCCGCAAUGAAAUCAGCAAUGGAAGAAAACCCAGCAACAUUCCAGUUUCCAGGGCAUAACAGAGGAUUUGCAGCACCGCCUUCCUUAACUCAGCUCAUAGGGGAAUGGCCUUUUCUUCACGAUGUUGGAGAGCUCGACGAUCUUUUUACUCCUGAAGGGCCUAUAUUAGAAGCGCAACGAGAAGCAGCCAAGGUGUUCGGUGCAUCGGAGACAUGGUUUUUAGUUGGUGGAACAACUUGUGGUGUUCUUGCAGCUAUUAUGGGUACUUGUAGUCCUGGAGAUGUGCUGAUUCUAACUCGUAAUUCUCAUAUAUCUGCAAUUUCUGCAUUGGCUUUAUGUGGUGCCAUACCUAAGUAUAUUUUUCCUGAUUAUGAUUCUUGUUGGGAUGCUCCAACUUUGGUCUCUCCAUUAGAGGUAGAGAAAGCUAUCAAAGAACUAGCAUCAGAAGGCAAAAAACCAGCUGCAGUUUUCAUUACAUCUCCUACAUACCAUGGAAUAUGCAGCAAUGUAAAAGAAAUCUCUAAAUUAUGCCAUUUACAUGAUAUUCCAUUAAUAGUAGACGAAGCUCAUGGUGCACACUUCGGUUUUCAUCCACAACUGCCAUUAUCAGCUCUUCAACAAGGGGCAGAUUUGGUCAUACAAUCGACUCACAAAGUCUUACUCUCCCUUUCUCAAUCAUCAAUGUUACAUAAAUCCCAAACUCCACUUAUAAACAAACAAAAAAUCAGCAAAUGUCUCCAAAUACUUCAAAGUACUAGUCCAAGUUUCCUGCUUUUAGCUUCACUUGAUGCUACUACAGCCCAAUUAAAGAUUAACCCGAAAAUUGUUUUUGACAACGCGAUUCAUUUAUCAAUCGAAGCUAAAAAAGCACUUCAAGAAAUUCCGGGUGUUUCUGUUCUCGAUUUGCCCAAUAGUGACCCCUUACGGGUCACUGUUGGGGUAUACAAUUUUGGGGUUUCGGGGUAUGAAGCAAGGGAUAUUUUGUACAAGGAUCAAAGAUUGCUCCCCGUUCUAACUAGUUCUCGAGCCAUCACAUUUUUGUUUACUCCUGGGACGUGUAAAGAACAUGUGGAUAGGCUAGUGAAGGGGUUUAAGCAUCUAUCAGUAUUAUCUUCAAAUUUGCAUAAUAUGAAGAUGAAUGGAUUUCAAAGGCUUAAAUUGAAGCCAUUUAUGGAAAUUGACAUGAGAUUUAGCCCAAGGGAGGCUUUUUUUGCUAAGAAAAAGAAGGUAGAAGUGAAUGAUUGUGUUGGAAAGAUAUGUGGAGAGCUUAUAUGUCCAUAUCCACCAGGUAUUCCUGUAAUGAUUCCAGGGGAAGUGAUAUCAGAGAAGGGUUUGAGUAUGUUGCUACAAGCUAAAGCUCAUGGUGCUAAAAUUAUAGGAGCUUCUGACCCUCUCUUAACGUCGAUUGUCGUAUGUGAUCUAUGAUUAGCAGAAUCUGAAAGUUGAUUAUUGAGUUAUUUUUAAGAAACAUUGAACAAUUAUGAAGCUUUUAUUAAUCUUAUAGAUAUGAUAAUAAUAUCAAUAUAUCCAAAAGGAUUAUGUU